CAAAAUUUACUUAGCAUUGUUUGUAGUACAGCACAGGCCACAAAUGUAACCCUACGAGAUGCAUGUAUAGCAUGUUUCUCAAGGGUUACAUCAAUGCAGGAAGGACCGCAACAACUGACAGCUUUAAGUACUUGCGCCACUCAGUAUUUUACGAAUACCUCAUACUCUAGUUGCGCAACAUCCCUAAUGGUCCUGUCCACGUCAGCUUUAAAUGUGAAACCAUCUGGUUGCUAUAUGGGAUACUGUGAUUUCGUGAGAUGUCUUCGAAGAAUUAACUCAGUUAAUUUGAUAACUCAAUGCACUAGGGAAGCAAGAACAGGAGUCAAUUUAUCCUUAGAUUCCGACAAUGUUCGUUUUUACACGAAUGUCACUUCGUGUAUUUUAGCGAAAACUAGAUGCGGUUCCUUUAAUCCGAUUACUGGUGAUCCUCAAGUACCAGGAUAUUCAACCGCUGGUGUUAGAUUAAGUAAUGCUUUGCAGUUUUCGGCAAGUGGUGAAUUAAGGAUACUAGCUUUUCCAACGCAAACUCCAGUUACCAAUGCCUUUUGUGCCAUUUCUAAUAACCUCACUCAAACAAAUUGGCUAACAAACGUUUGUUAA